CAGAGGAGACUGAGGAAGGAAGGAAGCAGGAUGGAGCCAGAAGGAGACCUGGAGGGGGCACAUGGAGCUGAGAGACACGCUUUCUUCUGACACAGUCUCUCUGAAGACCAAUAAAUUCAUAUCAACUAGUUCCUCUUUGUGUCAGAGCAGAGGAGCAAGGCCAGCAGCGCCAGCACAUCCUCACCGGGUAACUGACCAAGCUCAUCCUCCAGCUGGUGCAAAGACACAGCCAUCAAAAAUGAAUGAGGACAAAGAGUCAUCUAAGGAACAGAAAUUUUCUCACUCAAAGAAACAAAAGGAUAAGGGAAACCCAACUCAUAAAAAGAGAGAAUUUUCAUGGCAUAUUGCUUCAAUAAUCCUGGGAAUAAUAUCUUUUUUUCUCUUGCUGGCAACCAGAAUCUUUGUGUAUAUGUUGUUACAGAGCUCUUUUGCAUGCAAAAUACAAGACCUAGAGGACACAAAAGGAAGAAAUGCUACGGCAUUAGAAAUUGAGGCUCUUUCAACUUUACAACCUUGCACAAGUGUUGUUCAAGAUAAACAAAUUCCAUCUGAUACAUGUCAUGGAAAUUGGUCCUGCUGUGGAAGCAAUUGCUACUACUUUUCAAAAGAAGAGAAAAGUUGGGAUGAGAGUAAGGAGUCAUGUGAAGCCAUAGGUUCUCUUCUCAGUAAGAUUGAUGAUGAAGAUGAACAGAGAUACAUCGAACAGAGAAUCCAAUAUAAUUACUGGGUUGGAUUAAGAACAAAAGGAAUUGCACACCCCUGGUUGUGGCUGGAUGGUGCUCGUCUUUCUCAUCGGCUGAAAUUUGAGCAGACCACAGCUGAUGCAAAAUGUGGAUUCAUCAUGUCAACAAAUAUUGCUCCUGCUGCUUGCAAUAAACUAUUUCCUUACAUUUGUGAAAAGAAUCUUGAUAAUGAGAAAAAAUUGCUAUAAUCAAAGUCAAUAUUUUCAUUUCCUAGUAACUUUUAGAAAAAAAAAGAAUUAAUCCAAAUUAGUAAAUUAUGCCAAAUUUUGAAGGACAUAAUCUUUUAAACAUCCAUAACAAAGGGAAAAAAAGACAAGAAAUUUUAUACAUAGUUAAAUUGUAAAUACCUCGGUGCCUCCCUGGUGGCCUAGAGGUUAAGUCUCAACGCUAUCACCCCUAUGGCCAGAGUUUGGUCCCUAGCCAGGGAGCUAACCCAAUAUGGCACUGCAGACCUCUGCUGUCUCACUUGCUGCUUCCCUCAGCAGUGUAUUUCAGUAGCUCUGCCUGUUCUGCUCCCCACUCUGACCCUGAUGAAUCCUCUCACCCCCAGUUCUUCUAUGCAAAAAAAUAGGUACUGACUCACUUUUUAUAAACAAUUACGAUUAUUACAAGUGGAUGCACCAACAUUUAUUAGCCAUUUUCAUUUCAACAGUUUUUUAGGUUUCUCCCAGUAUGUUGUAAUUAUCAACAAUCACUGCAAUGAAUAGCACUCAAUAAAGUAUCAUCUGCUUUAGAUCAUAUCUAUAAGGUAAAUCUCUAGCAAUUCUAUAAAUGUGUCAAACAUAUGUAUAUUUAAAUUUUGAUACCUAUUUAAUACUCACCCUCCUGUAGGCUUCACAAGGCUCACUCCACAGUGUGUUCCCAACCUGUUUGACUUGGGCAAUAAAAUCUUCACCAAUAAAAAAGGGCAUCUUGUGUCAUUCAGAUUUAUAAUUCCCAGUUAUUUGUAAG